AUGAGUUCAACCAACUCAGCCACCACCACAACGGAGGCGAUUGCCACCACGCACGAGCUCACGGAGACGUUUGGCGUACUCUUGAUCGGCUUCAUAUUCACCGUGACAUUAUACGGGCUCACCUUCUUUCAAACAUACAUCUACUACACGCGCUUCCCUCAUGACGAGCGAGGAAUAAAAUACACCGUCGGUCUACUAUGGUACGGUCUCCGACUACUAACAUUCAUUUCAGAAGAAGCGCUCUCAGUCUUUUUGGCAUUGGUUGUGCAGUGUUUCUAUGCUUUCCGUAUAUGGACAGUCAGCGGAAAGCGCUCCAUGAUUCCUGCUGUGAUCGUCACUCUUGCACUCGCAGCUUUCGCAUUCAACCUGGCGAGCGUUGCUAAAAUGACAGAUCAAAUGCUGUUUUACCAAGUGGUCUCCAAGAGUCUCACCAAGGCGAUCUGCUGGGGUCUCUCGGUCGGCGCAAAUAUCCUCAUCGCCACAUCAAUGCUUUGGUAUCUACGCCCGUCCACCAACCCCGGCAUGGCUACACCCGAUGGAUGGUACGAGCAGAUUGUCGUCUACGGCGUCAACCGCGGCACGAGCUUUGCCAUUGUGCAGACAGUAUCUCUCAUUACUAUCGUCACGAUGCCCAACCAGCAAAUAUGGAUCCUCUUCCACUGGGUCGGCAGCAAAGUCUACAUCAACAGCAUUCUAUCCAGGUUGAACUUCCGCAACACGCACCGCGGGCGCGGCGUGCCCGAAGAAUCGAGCCUGAACGCGCACGCGCACGACUCGGACGGGCGCUCGGGCACGAUCACGACGCGCUCGGGCGGCAGCGCCGGCCAGCUCGACACGUCGCUCAGCGUGCACUUCAACGUGCCGACGGAGAGCAAGGGCGGCGGCGAGGCGCUCGGCAUGGGCAUCGAGCUCGACCUCGUGGACGCCGCGCGCGGCGACGCGGAGGGCGCGUCGUAUGGCGACGUGGACAUCGGCGAGAAGGAGAAGGCGGAGUCGGCGAGCGUCGCUGCGUUCGGGGGUCCGAGCAAACCACGCGACAUCGAGGAGGAAUGAGCCCCGCUAAAAUGUACAGUCAUCCGUUCGCUUUCCUGUCUGUUGCUCUCUCGCAUUUGCAUUCGUUAUACGGACUCGUACCACCCCCACACACUAGUCCGCGUCGUGCACAUAUCUCGUACUUUGGUUGUACCGUGUCUGUAACAUACCACCACACUUUCUC